CUGCUGAGGACAGUGGAGGCAAGUCGCAGCGCAGCUCUACGUUACUGUAACAAAAGAGUGAUCGAUCCCUGCGAUUUUAAUCAGCGAUCAUGAGCAGCACACAAUCUUACAGUCGCUUCAGUGAUGAAAACUACAAAAACUGGCUGAAAACAACAGAGAGUCUUUACAUACUGAGGAGCCGCAUUCAGGGCUUCGUCGAAAAGGAAACCGAAACCUAUCACAAUUCUCUUAAAACAAAUAUUCGUUCAACAAUCCCUCAUCUCUAUGGACAGAACUGUAAGCAAACGUGCGAUAAUAAAAAGCCUCUGUGUCAAUUGUGUAACCACUGGAGGAAUGAAAUCGUGGCCAAUCAUAAUGGGAAGGGUAAUAGUAUGCACUGGGACAACUGCCGGCCACAUCUAUGGCCCACAAAUAAGUGGGAAGUUGCCAAGGCACAUAUGCCACGUGGGCACAGACAACAUUGCACGUUUGACCAGUUUGAUAUUGCUGCCAUCCUGAACUUAAUGAGUUUCUGUAAACAUUUCAAGGAAAUCCCAGGACAAUGUGUGAGCAAAGUAUUAAAUGUACGGAACAGUGUAAUGCACUCGCCUGACUUCAGAAUGAGUAAUGAGGACAUGAGAAGGCAUCAUAAUACGUUCCUGCAGUUGGCCGAGAGCCUCAAACAUCAUAUCCCAGAACUGAAAGACUUGGAAAAGGAGAUAAAACAGUUUUACAACAUCUUGGACAAUAAUUUCAAUCAACCCCCGUGUGAGGUAGAUGGCCAACAGGAAGAUCUCCAGACCGUGAAAGACUUCCAGCAAGUUCUGGAUCGUGAGCAGCAAGCCAUGAAAGACAGGAUUGAAGACAUUAUCUCACGCUUUGAGGGAAUCCAAGAUGAAAAUAUCAAAGAAAAACCUCAGGACACGAAGAGUCUUCUGGACUUCCUGGAUCAAAACAAAGAUCUGCUGGAGACCCUGGGUCCUGAAGUCGACAAACUUAAAGAGAUGCAGGCAAAAGUAGAUCAACAUGAGGAGCAGAUCACCCACCUGACAGGAAGAGUGGACCAACUGGAGAAAGUGACACAUGAUCCAGUGUUUUAUGGCAACCCGCUUAAAUACAAAAAUCAUCUUUAUGAAUAUUGUCAGGCAAAGAAAUGGCCAGAGGACAAAUUUCCUGUUUUUACAGAGGAUCAAGAAGCCCAAGGUUACAGAGGUAAAGUGACGGUGAAUGGGCAAAGUUUCAUUGGCAUUAAUGUGUUUAACGACAAAAAAGCUGCGCAUCAGGAGGUCGCAUACAUUGCCCUCGAGCAGCUGAAAUUACAAGAAGAAAACACAGAUGAACCAUCAAGCUCAGUCAUGCACUCUGAGGCCUCCUCUUCAUCUUCCUCAGGGAUCACUUUCUUUGGUAAAGUGACUGUGGAUCUCAGUCGAGAAGUGGCGUCUGAUAGAUGCUCUUCAAAGGAAGAAGCCACUGAAGCAGCUUAUAAGGUUUUAUGGGAAAGUUUUUGCAUCAGUGCUCCAGUAGAAGGUCAGACAUACAAGUCAGUGACGAUGGAAUAUUUCAAUACAAAUGGCUUCCCAAAACCAACAGAAGAUUUUGAUGACAGCACAACCAUCUGCAAGCUCAAACUCGUUGGGCCUUUUACUUUUUAUGACAAAGAUGGCUCCACCAAGAAGAGACAGGCAGAGCAACAGGCAGCUAAAGUUGCUCUGCAGCAUCUGUCAGGGAUCAUCAGCUGUCUUCCAGUAUCAGAUAGUGAGAAGAAUUUCAAAGGUGUUCUGAAGGAGCGUCUAGACCAACUGGGUCUCAAAAAUCCCAUCUAUGAAACUGAAGAGUCUAAAGCAGAGACCAGUGAAGAGCCCAUGUCCACUGACAUCAGCUCCGACCUGAUUACUUCUACAGUAUCCAUCAGUGAGGCAGAAGUGAAAGAUCAUUCAGAGUCUGAAAGCAUCUGCACAUCAGCACAGCUCCCAUCACGCCAAGAGUCAGUCCAUGUUCCUGUUCCUGCGGAGCCAGACCCUCCAGACUCCAGCUCUCCAGCCUCACUGACGAAAAAGCCCAAGAUUGAAUGUCCAGGAAUCACUUUCUUUGGUAAAGUGACUGUGGAUCUUAAUCAAGAAGUUGCGUCUGAUAGAUGCUCUUCAAAGGAAGAAGCGACUGAAGCAGCUUAUAAGAUUUUGUCGGAACGUUUUCACAUCAGUGCUCCACCAGAAGGUCAGACGUAUAGGAUGGGGAUCAUGGGACAUUUCAACAGGCAUGAUUUACAAAAACCAACAGAAGAGUUUGUUGAUGACGACAACACAACCAUCUGCAAGCUCAAACUCGUUGGGCCUUUUACUUUCUCUGACAAAGAUGGCUCCACCAAGAAGAGACAGGCAGAGCAACAGGCAGCUAAAGUUGCUCUGCAGCAACUGUCAGGGAUCCUCAACUGUCCUCUAGUAUCAGAGAGUGAGAAGAAUUUCAAAGGUGUUCUGAAGGAGCGUCUAGACCAACUGGGUCUCAAAAAUCCUAUCUAUGAAACUGAAGAGUCUAAAGCAGAGACCAGUGAAGAGCCAGUCACCAGCGGUAUGAGCCCAGAGCUUUCAAACUUAUCUAUCAGUCAGGCAGCAGUGAAAGAGCAUUUAAACCUGAAGUCUGAAAGCAUCUCCACAUCAGCACAGCUCCCAUCAGGCCAAGAAUCAGUCCAUGUUCCUGUUCCUGUGCAGCCAGACCCUCCAGACUCCAGCUCUCCAGCCUCACUGAGGAAAAAGCCCAGGAUUGAUUGUCCAGAAAUCGAUGAGCUGUUUAAUGUAUAUAAUCUCAAGCCACCACAAGUGAACGUGGAGAACAUAAAAUAUGAUCAGAAUUUCAAAUGUACCGUGACGGUCAAGCUGGAAAACUAUACUUAUGCUAACAAACAACAAGGGUACGACAACAAGAAAGAUGCCAUUAGAAAAACCUACCUGUUAUUCGGUCGUGUGAUGGAAAUUUUGGAUGCUAGCUCAGAUGAAAAGAUGUCCAGUGCGCUGGUGAAGCAGCACUUUACUCAGAGGUCUCUUCCUCUUCCUCAGGACGAUGUUGAAGGAUCUGUAAAGCCAUUUUACUGCUCUCUAAAGAACAUAACUUAUGAUGUGAAGUAUGACGGACAAGGAUCUUCAGAGCAUGAAGCCAAGUUACGUGCUCUCCAGAACGCCUUACGUUCACUACCACCUCUCUUUGGUUAUCCUUCACUACCUGGAGCUGACAGUGCUGAAGUGGUUCAGAAUCAGCUGAGCUCCAUGCUGAACGGGGCCUGUCAGAAAGAGCCUGUCAUUGACCUGAAGUCUGAGGAACGAGCCUCUAUCAAGCUGUCUUUCUGCAACUAUAUGCUGAAGUGCACAUGUCAAAGCAACAAGAAAGCAGCUCGAAGUCAUCUCUGUGAACGUAUACUGGGUCUGCUGGGAGUAAAGACAGAAAACAAUGCAUCUUUGAGAAACAGUUUAGACGAGUGGUUCAAAAAGCAGAAUCUGCCACAGCCAGUGUUUGAGGACACAGAAGAGGCGCUUGGAGCAAAGGCUACCUUCUCUCUUCCGUUAACCUGCUGCAGUCCAGGCUGGGAAGACAGCUGGGAAACUGCAAAGUCGAAGCUGCUUCAAGAGCUCAAGCUCAGAUUCAGUUUCUGGAGGACAAAAACAAUUGAAAUUUAUUUUAGCAUGUCCUAGUCACCUACUCUAACUUGACUUGUCCUGGUGAAGAUUUUCAAACCUGGCUUGCAAUUUGAUCUAUUUUAAGGUGUUGGUACAAAUAUAGCUUUACAUUAUUAAAUGUACUAAAUUUAUUUAUUAAAUUGUACAUUUCCCUGGGGUUUAAAUCAAUGACCAUGGCAUUGAAUGAAACUAGAUGUAUUUUAAAGAUUUAUACCAAAGGUAUACCAGCUAAACCCUUUCAACAUCAGAAGAAAAUUACAAAUCAAAGAAAUGUAAUUUUAUCAAAUGGAAAACCUGAAGUUUCAUUCAUUUUCCAAAAGGCACUGAUAUUGCACUGACUGAAACUCGUUCAGUUUCAGAGGUUUGUUGUCUUUGCUGGAAAACUACAUUUAAUCUACUACUGUGAAUAUGAUUCAAUGAGAUGAGCUACAUUAUUAACAGUUUGGAUGGUCAAGUGAAUCUAUUCAUUCCACACUUUACUGCAGAGUCAUUUUACAGUAUUUACUUGUGUUGAGAAAUUAUAGUGUACAUGAAUCAGAUCUUCAUAGGCUUACAAGAUAAACCGAGCCAUACGAUGUGAGUUUUAAAAACCAGCUUCUGUCUUUUGUAUAUUUAUUAAUCGUUUUGAUUAAUAUUGCCCUUGAACUGCUGACUGUGCAAUUUGAAACCUGUUUACAAUGAACUACAAAAAAUGUUUACAAAAAGUAAAGUGAGGAUAGAAUAAGCAUUAUUGAUUUAGUAACAAUGCAGUGUAAUCGGUACGUUCGUAAUAUUAAUGUGUAUUUCUAAAUAAUGACCGUUGUCCAGUACCACACUGUAUAACUCACUUAUGCAUGCAUCUCUACAAAUAAAAUAAAUUAUUAUUCAAAUCAGUAUUUCAUGUCCACAUUUUCUUUUAAAUGGUAAUUCACAAUAAAUACCAAAAACCCAAUAGUAACAUUAAUAGGCUGUUGAAUUGUGGCCAGUUUUGCUCGAAUAUACCGACCCAGACAGUUUUAAGUGUUAUGAAAUCCUUAAACUUGUUCUUUUGACACAAUAGUGAAGUGUUCAUUCAAUGAACUGACCACCAGAUGUCAAUGACGUGCUACAGUCUGAAUGUUGUUGUAAUGAUGGAGAGUUAGGUUUUAUUCCAGCAGGAUGUUAAAGCUACUCUGGGUCAGGAUGUUCUUUCUGGAUGUUCUUCACACCCAGACCUCACCAACUUAAGGCACCAGCUUCAUCCAGACAUACAAUACUGUCUAAAGCUCAUAUUCCUCUAGUGAUUACCGCUGUGAGGAGUAAUUUCAAUGCACAAACAUAUUUUCUCCAUUCAUGUUCUGGAAAUGAUGGAACCCUGCCCUGCUCAAUUAAGAUAUAAUGGCCACAAAUUAAGAAUUUGUUGCCUUGUUUUAGGUAAAUCGUGGCCAGAUUUUAUUACAGUUUAACUGUAAAUGAGUUAUUAAUUGUGGGAAACAACUUCUUUAGGCCUUCAUGUAAUGGACUGUGUUAUCGCAGUGUUUAUUAUUAUCAUUAUAAUUUUUUUUUUUUUUAAAUGUAGCCUAUACUGGUGGUUUUUGCAUCUUCGAAACUGAUCAAAUCAGGGAAACUUUUGCCAUCUGCCUUUUGUGAAAAGGUAUUAAUAGUGUUGCUAGCUUUUUCUGUCAUUAUUGUACAGUACAUUAUUGGUAGUGAUUUACAUGUAUUAAUUUGGGGGAUGUUUUUAUUCAAAGCAACUGUACAGUGAGGAAAUAGUGUUGCUAAUAA